CACCUUACAGUAGAGCCACUUUUAAAGUUAUAAUCGAACCAUUUACUUCCAAGAAGCUCUACUUUCAGGCUCUUUUGCUAAAGUCAAGGUCUCUCCCUCUCUCUGCUCUGCUCUGCUCUCCUCUCUAUGUUGCUUGAACAUGGCAUCUUCCAGCGUUAUUGCUAUAUUGGCAAAUCUUCUUGCUCUCCAGCUUUGGCCUGCCACUGGCAACAUCCGAUCGCCUCAGCUCUCCUCAUUAUUCGAUGAUGUGUGCAAAGAAGUGGAAUGUGGAAAGGGGACCUGCAAAUCUUCACAAAAUAGUACGUUCUUGUUUGAAUGCCAGUGUGAUCCUGGAUGGAAGCAGACUCUAUCCCACCAUGAUAAUGGUCUCAAGUUCCUCCCUUGUGUCAUUCCCAACUGUACCCUGAACUAUGCUUGCACGGAAGGUGCCCCUCCUGCUCAGGAUAAGGAAGUCCAAGCAAAUAAGUCAUUCUUUGAUCCUUGCCACUGGGCUAGUUGCGGGGGCGGCAUCUGCAACAAGACAUCGCCAUUCACACACAAGUGUGAAUGCAGAGUGGGCUAUUACAAUCUACUCAACACCAGUACUUUCCCUUGCUUCAGUCAAUGUGCAAUUGGGAUGGACUGCUCGGGCCUUGGGAUCGCGACAACGAACACAACAACUUCUCCCACAGCUAGUUUGGGAGAUAAUGGUCCAAACCGAGGCAUCUCGGUAGGGCGAGGAAAUGGCAUUUGGUUGAUUAGUGUGGCGAUGGCGUUAGCUUUUCACUUUUGGAAGUAGAAUUAACAUGCAUGAAGAUCAUUAAUAGAGACAUCUUUAAGGCACAGUGACAGUGGUACCGGUAUCACGUAAACAGGCCACCAUUUUGUGACCUUGUAGUGUAUGUAACACAGUUAAUUCAUUGUCAAUUAACUUGUGUUUUUAUAAGGCAAUUCAUAUGGCUUGUUGUCA